CACAGCUUAAUAUUGCAUGUGUGUUGGUAAUGUGGAACGCACUAUUCGUCAACAUUGGUUAGAAAGUACAAGUGUGUAUAAAGUAUCUCGAUUUUGCCUCAUUUGCGUUAAAAUGUCAAGCCUGCCGGUACCGUAUCAUGGGGCGAUAACACUAAAGUCUCUAUUGGAAAAUCCAGACUUGCUCAACCCUCCACAGCUGCACAGUGAAGAUGACACAGAAAAGAAGCUUGAUGUUGACCUGUCCAUCUCAAGACAUCCCAGUUCUGCCUACCUCGGCGGCAGCCUCUGGGACAACACCAUCUCUCUGGCAGACCCUGACAACUUCAAAUUCGAGUUUAUGGACCUGGAGGAAUUCCUCAUGGAAAACGAGAAUGUUCUCCCUGAUCUUUCCCCAUCCAGCCCGCCGCUCCAGGUACCCACUUCACCAGGAUCAGUUAAUAGUGCCCCGGCCUCUCCUGUCAUUCUCGAGCCGAUGCCAGUGAUCCGUAACGGGAAUCUACAGAUGUCACCGCCUCAUAUGUCAUUCAUAUCGCCAAAUACACAAGCUUCGAUUAUACCCGUGAAGCCUCCUCUUGCGAAGCCCUCCCCCAAGCUUGACGUCAGAGCAUCCCCUCCCACUGUUGACUUUAAACUGAAUGAGCAUGAUGCUGUACUUGCCACGAUUCCUGAUUACAACCCUAAAGACGAAGAUAUAAAGUUAUCUUCGAUUCCUGGUGAAGAAGAAUUUGACCCAAGAAAGCGACCAUUCUCUGAGGAGGAGCUCAAGCCACAGCCCAUGAUCAAAAAGUCCAAGAAGGUGUUUGUGCCGGAGGACUGCAAGGAUGACCGGUAUUGGUGUCGUCGGCGCAAGAAUAACGUCGCCGCCAAACGAUCGCGUGACGCACGACGAAUCAAGGAGAAUCAGAUCGCCUUGCGGGCGUCAUUUCUUGAGAGGGAAAACGACGUCAUGAAGGAGCAGUAUGAGAAAAUAAAACUGGAAAAUAAGGUGUUAAAGGCGAGGUUAGCCAAGUACGAGUGCUAAAAAAUCCCGCCUUGUUUGCAAUCGGCUAUUAAUUUUUAGUGUUGAUCUAAAUAAACUUUGAAUGACAUUGAAUGAUGUUGUAUAAUUGUUUAAUUGCAUGAUGUGUGGCACCGUUUUUUUGUGGUGUCCAACUCUAAAUCACACCUGGCAGGGAAUAGAUCAUUGUUUUAGAUGUGCUUUUACCUUGUCAGGUAAAAUUGUAGUAAUGGAGUUGUCAAAAGAUGAUCUUUCUGACCUGUGGAAUGUGUAUGAUAGUGUGUCUACAAGAAAAUGGAUGAUGGGGCGAUUGUGAGAAAAUCCUAACAUUGAUGUUUUUCACCAUCUGGUUUUUUUGGAACUUGGGGAGCGAGUCUAAGGGUGGGGAGCAGGAGAUUUUUCACAAUCAGGUGUUUUGAACUGGGAUUUGGGGGAGAGGCUCAGGAUGUAAGGAUUGUUUGUUUUUAGUUGAUUAAUAUCUGAACAUUUAGUUUGUAGUUACAACCACGCUUAGACGUGGUGAGAAGUUUCAGUCAUACAUUCCUAAAGUUAAGUGUGCAUGCAUUUGCUAACACUGGGUCUUUGAGGUGUUAAUAUUCGUCACCUGUUUACCAUGGUAGCAGCUGAUUGGUGUCAAACAAAUGUAUCUAAACUUGUAAAUGAUACUAAUUGAUUAUGCAAAAUUGUUAUUCAAGAUUCUAGAAUAAUGUCGAAAUUUUGUAAAAUUGUUAUUCAAGAUUCUAGAAUAAUGUCGAAAUUUUGUAUGAAAAAUGCCUUAGGCUUUGUUUUUGUCUCAGCAAUCCUUCGUCGUGCAACAAAGGACCGCUUGGUAUGAGAAAAAAUGUAUCCGCCAUCUUGGUUCUCCAUACUAAAAGCUUUAUGAGCUUGACUUCACACAGGUUUUGAUUUGACCUACUUUUCAUGGUCACACAGGUCGAAGUUGAUAAUUUUGCAGUCAGGUGGUACAUUUUUGUCAUGAAACUGAAUCUGGAAAUAGCCUGCUCAUUAUUCAACACCAUCUUCAUUUUGCCUCGGAUUUUCUUGGGUAUCGAUUAGGCAGUGCUGGGAUGCACCGUGAUCUGGGAAGUCUCGCGAUACUGAUGAGCUGAUGAUGAAGGGGGACUACAGGCAGGAGCUAGAGGCUCAAAGUGUUGUCCUCCGGUUAAUAAAAUGCACAGUACCAGGAUCUGGUUUUAUUUGAUGCUGUGAUGGAUAGCCUGAAAAAUUUUGAUAUACUGUAAGAUUGGAGAGACCCCUAUUGACGACUUUGUUAAGUUUCGUCUUGCCUACCUGGCUCCUGCCUAUAGUCUCCUUUUAAAUGUUAACUUGUGAUUUUGGUUUAAAACUCGAACAUGAAUUAGAAUUGGUGCUCGUGUCAUCAAUUUAAAAAUCUGGCGCACCUUGAAUGAUUGAGUGCGUCUACCUGAUAAGUGUUCAACCAGGCAAUCAAUUCUAAUUGCCCAAUUUUUAUCAGUGCUGUUACAUGAGCCAUUGGGCUACAGAGGAAUAAUGGGCAUUUAAAAUUUAUAUAUAGAUAGAAGAAGAGUCGACGUAAAUUGGUAAUGAUGCUCUUAAAAUAGCUAAAAUGAUAAAAUUGAUUUCAGGACAGCAAUGAGAUACAACCUGAUACAAAUGUGAAUCCUAUAUUCAUCAUCAUCAUCAUCUGGCGUGAUUUAUUUUUGUGAUUUUGCCAUUGUUGCAUGGUACUGUAAUGCGAUCAUUUUGUCACGAUAAUUGCCCUGCACUCGGUGUUGUCAAUUAUGUGGGAACGUUUUUGAAGUUGUCUAAAAUCUAUAUUAUUGUGUCGCCACAGUCAUCUGUCACGAUUUUGAAAACGUGGGUGAAAAAACCUCCUUUGUUUUAUAGCGUUCUACGAGACUCAGGAAUGGUAUCGAUGACGUCUUCUUGCUCUCCUUUUCUUCGUUUUGAAGUGACUAACAGCAUAUCAUGUGUAACCUAGUGUUCUCCACACCCUUUAAAAAGGGGACCGAUUUCCGCCCUCCUUAAAAAUGGCCGCCCGCUAAAGUAAAGAAUUUUUAAAGGACCUCCUUAUUCGUUUUAUCCACCCUAAUUUAUAUAGCGCAAACGGGCCUAAAUGCCUUUAAAAUGCUUCUGAAGUCCUUGAAAUCUUCAAAAUAAGACCUUUUAACAAGGUAACAAUGUAAAAACAAUUUUCCUGGUGAGCGCGAAAACGGAAAAAAAGAUUAGGCCUACCCCCCUACCCCCCCCCCUCCCAACUCGAAGGCUGUGGAGAACACUGGUAACCACAUAAGGUUUGAGCUGAUUGGUUGUCCAGCAUAAAUCAGCGGGACGCGCAGUUGAGGUUUUUUUUUAUAAGUUAAAGGGCAACUUGGGUAUGAGAUCUGUUGUUUUUUCAUUCGAAACUGGCUUCUAGGAGGAUUUUGACUUCUCCAAACAUGAUAAUUGAAAAAUCAUGGAACUUGAAUUAACAAUGCACAAGAACUGGGUGUGACAAUAGGCCUGCCUAAAAUUCGAAUGCCAUGCCCAAAACUGCCUCGCAAUAGUGACAAAUAUCAUUAUUUAAUAAAUUAUUAUGGAUCGGCAUUGGUGUAAUACUACCAGUGGCGCCGCAUGGUGGCAAGCAGGGGUAUUAUCCUCCUGACCAGGUAAAUCCCACGCCUAAGUAGUCCCUUUAAUAGCUCAAUUAUGGUUGUUAUAUCUAGUACACUAGCUCAUUUUAAAUGUACUCUAGUUCUGCAUUUUACCCAUUGUUGCACCGGUGUUGACCCUCAAAAUUGGUUAGUUAAGUCCUUGUCUAUCUGAGAAUCAUAAUUUUAAUUGUUUAAUUGUUUCAUUAUGCCGUGAUGUUAGUUCAAAAUAAAGUAAGAGUAGGGAGAGUACAUUGACCCCAGUUAACGAUUUUUUUUUGAGCCUUGUGUACAUGUAAGUAAUGUCUUUGAAGUAUUGUAAUUUCUGUGAUGGUACAACCUUACAUUGGGUUAUGAUAAGGUUUUGAAAUGGGGUGUUCAAAUAUACAUUUAGUGAUAGUUGUUUGAAGAGUAUGCUCUCAGGUCUACUCAGGUUGGGUUGAAUUGUUUAUAUUGUACAUAGUAGCAAAAAUAUAUAAGUGAUCCUUAUAUAUUUUUGAUAGUAGUUUGUAAAGAUGUAAAUUUUAUCUCUAAAGUGUUAGUGCAUAGCAUUUAAAGUUGUCCUAAUUACAGUUUACCAGUGAGACAACAGACAUCUUGGCACCAAAAAUGCGUCGCCCAUGGUGGCGAAAAUGACGUCAUACCAUGUAAACGUUAUGGAGUCGCCGACAGUCUGGCAUUUGCAAAACAAAAAUUGCCUCUCCGCAACAGAGGUCACAUGAUAUACAAUCUUGUGACGCCACAUGGCGGACAUCGACCAGUGCGGUUAUUUUGCGAGGAAUGGCCGGCCGAACAUGAAGUGUGCACAGUAGCCAAAUGCAGCCUGUUUCUUGGUUGUUUUAGAUGUUCAUGUGAUUACAGUUGUGAAAAGGGGUGUAGCACUAAUCUACCGACUCUUUGAGAUGGCUGGAUAAAAAAUGGGGUUGCGCACCAAGUAUUUUUACUCUUGAAUUAAAGGAUCACUUAGUUUGAAUUUUAAAAAUAUGGCUAUAGAAAACAGUUCGCACUGUAUUAAAAUACAGUACAGUACAGCCCUUUCUAAUGGCUUUUAUUGGAUUUGUGCAUAACUAAAAUGAGUUUUUUGUAGAAAAUGUUGAUCUUGGAGCUCCAAAAGAUUAGUGUUAAAUAUAAGUGUGAUAGUGAACUCGACAAUAGUCUCUCAUGUUAGCUGUGGAGCAAUAAUGAUGUUGAAAAUAAAUGUUGCCCUUUACUUCAGUUGAGCACCUUCCUUGGAAAAUUAUAAAAUCUAUCUGUGAUCUGUAUGGAUACUGCUAUAUAAUGUAGUAAACGGUAUGCAGUAUUAACUGUACAGGGUGGAUUCAAUGUUUCAUAGUUUAGAUUUGUUAAUCUACUAACUAGUGGUUGGAUCAACCCUGUUGUAUUGUGUUGCAAGUUUCAUGAAAAAGAAUAUGAAACAGUUGGAUUUUUUCCAUUAAAAAUAUAAACAACA